AGGCUGGAUCUCGAACACCAAAGCUACUGACGAUGACCAGAUUUCAUCAGAGAAUCAUAUGUUUUUACCCAGAAGCAUCUCCUUGGCUUGAAAUAUAUCUUGAGCGGCUUUUUGGCGCUUCAUUUACAGCAAAUUUUUUAUAUAAAAUACAACAAGCAAAGAAACUACCAAAAACAGAUAUUUUUGAGCAGUUGCCAUCAGAGGAUUUUGAAUAUUAUCAGAAUAUAUAUAAACGUGCAGCAGAGUACAGUUGGAGUGUAAAAGAAAAUUCAUUUGAAAGACAAACAAAUAUUUUUUCAUUGAACAAAGGGAAACGUCCUGUAAAUAACAUUAUUAAGGGGGAGGAUUCUCGAGUUGAAUACAUUUUUGUUGAAUGGUUAGAUAUAGAGGAAAAAACAGGGAAAAAAAUGAAGGUUAAGUCACAGAACGAGGCAUCAUUUAAAGAUGAAAAAACUUCAUCUAAUCCUCCAUUAAAUGAUAAAAUAUCGCGUGCACAAUAUAUUCCAUUUAAAGAGGAUAACAUGAAUACUCAAAAACAUGGGAUUGCUAAUUUUGGAUUUGGAGUGAUUCAUAUUUAUCGAGAUGGAAAAAUGUUAUCUACUAAGGAGGAAUGGGAUGGGGAGGAGUUAACGUCGAAGGAUAAGGUUGUAGCAAUUCUUGCAGUUCCAAGCUAUAUGACAACUUCUGAUUUCUUAGGGUUUGUGGGUGAAGAUGUAAAGAAUCAAGUUAGUCAUUUUAGAUUUAUUCGAACAAGUGCACCGAAUCGAUAUAUGGUUUUACUUAAAUUUAGACAAUUCAAGAAUGCUAAGGCUUUCUAUAAUACGUUUAAUGGGAAAUCGUUUAGUUCUACAGAGCCAGAAAAAUGUCAUACAGUUUUCAUUAAACAGAUUUUAUUUCAAUCUAAACAAAUUCCGAAAAAAGAACUUUUGUCUUCUACAGAUGAUCCAUUUUUGCCCGUUUUUGAUAUAUUUGAAACGUGCCAAGCAGCCUCCACAUUAACUAUACCUAUUGUAUCUCCAACAUUUGGUCUUCGUGAGCUUCCAACAUGUGUUGUUUGUUUAGAAAGAAUGGAUGCAUCUGUAACUGGGCUCUUAACUAUAUUAUGUCAGCAUACAUUUCAUUGUCAAUGCUUAAGUAAAUGGGGGGAAAAUAACUGUCCUGUAUGUCGAUAUUCACAGCAAAAGGAUGUUUUAAAUGCCGCUAGAAUUAAUAGUCAAUGUAGUGUUUGUGGUUUACAAAAAAAUUUAUGGAUAUGUUUAAUUUGUGGACAUAUCGGAUGUGGUCGUUAUGAUCUUGCUCAUGCUUAUGAUCAUCAUAUUAAUACGGGGCAUUGUUAUGUUAUGGAUAUGGAAACUGAAAGAAUAUGGGACUAUGUGGAUGAUUGUUAUGUACAUCGGUUAAUUCAGAAUAAAAUCGAUGGAAAUUUACUUAAAUUUCCAUCUACUUCUUAUUGUCCAGAUACUGAAGAAUCAGUAUCUGAGAAAAAUUAUUUAGAUAUGAAAAAAAAACUAGAAUCAAUGAGUUUAGAAUAUACAUAUCUUUUGACAUCUCAGCUUGAGCUUCAAAGGAUUUAUUACGAAAAUAAGAUAACAGCAGCAAUGGAUAAAGCAAAAAAAGCAGCAGAAGAAGAAAAACAAGUUAAGCAGGAAAUGGAUAAUCUAAUGAAAAAAUUCUCUGAAUUAGAGAUAAAUUUUAAUGAAUCUCAAAAAAAAAUAAAUGAUUUAAAAAUAUUAAAUUCUCAAAAUGGAAAAAAACUAGAAAAAUCCUCUGAGCUGGCUCGGCGUAUGGAAAAGGAAUGGAAGGAAGAGAAGUUAUUGAAUUCAACAUUAAUGCAUCGGAUUGAACAUUUGAAUAUCGAAAAUAAUAAAAUACGACUUGAUUCCGAAGGCUUGAAAUUAAAAAUAGAGGAUUUGUCUGAUCAAUUAAGAGAUGCUAUGUUUUUCAUUUCUUCUCAAAAACAUCUUGAUACUAUGAAUGAUGAUCUAAAAAAAGAACUUCAAGCAGGAACUAUCUUUAUUCCAAAGAAAUCAAAAAAAAAAAAUAAAAAAUAA